UAACUUUCCUUCUUGCGAGCCGGUCCAUUCGGGGCCCUUUUGAGCGCCAGCAAACAGAGCCAAACGGUUUUAAAGCAACGGAAAGGAGUGAAAAAAGUUUGUGCAAACUUGUCGUCGGUUUAUUUUCGGGGGUGACUUUUGUUUCUGUUUCAACUUUGCGUGUGCGGAUGUGAUUGUGCAGGCAUCGUGGCAGCGCCUGCCGUACCGAAAUUCACCGCAAACUGUUGCGUGCUGGCAUCAGUAACUCCGCGAUUUAAAUUAACUACAAUCAGCCACCAGCCAGUCACUGAAUGCCAUUUAGGAGCUUUUGGGAGCGAUUUUGUACGGGAUUUUCGAGCUCGCAGGGUAGCGACUGCUAACAAGCUAAAACAAGGGCUGCUCGUUGAUUUAUUAUCACUUUAACGAUUCCCGCGCCUCUGCCUCACUACUCGGUGACGUCCUAUCUUGGGCAUCGGCAGUGGAUGAAACCUACCCAUACCCCUAAGCUGUUCUGUGCCUUCCCUUACCGGUCGCAGAUUGGAAAGUUUGAUCAAUAUCAUAAAAUCGGUUUUGAUAGUAGCGAAGGCUACUACUACACUACCGGAGCAUUGUUUGUUUAUGCUCCCGUUCCGCAGUUUCAUUCCGCGACAUUACGCCAACGGACGUGGUGCCCCUGGAGCAGUGCUCAGAAGUUAGAACUCGCGCGGAAUUAACUUUACAUCCGGAACAUUAAGUGUAUCCUUGAAGUGCGUGUGUGGAGCAACCAACUUGGAGCAGUACUCCAGAAACGAAUCGAGUUGCAGUACUAGUGCCAGCAACAACUCCAUUCCAUAUCCCGGUCCAGAGCGCGCGAGAUGAUACCCAUCCUCAGCAAGUUUGAUCUGAAAGAAGGAGUGAAACAGAUCGUCGGCGUCUCCGAUAUCACCGAGAACCGCAACAUAUGGCGCAUGCUGGUGGCCGAGUUUCUCGGCACCUUCUUUCUGGUGGCGAUCGGCAUCGGUAGCACGACCGGCUGGACCGACUACAGUCCCACGCUCACGCAGAUUGCGUUCACCUUCGGCCUGGUGGUCGCCACGCUUGCACAGGCAUUUGGGCACGUGAGCGGAUGCCACAUCAAUCCGGCCGUCACGAUCGGGCUGAUGGUAACGGCCGACGUCAGCAUACUGAAGGGUGCUUUCUACAUCGUUUCCCAGUGCAUCGGCGCAAUUGCGGGUGCAGCCGUCAUUAAGGCCGCCACACCGUCGGAAGUGGUCGGCGGGCUCGGCGUGACCGGCAUCGCCCCGGGACUGUCCACCGGGCAGGGUGUCCUGAUCGAAGCGCUCAUCACCUUCAUGCUGGUGUUCGUCGUCCAUGGCGUGUGCGAUAAUCGGCGCACGGACGUCAAGGGUUCGGCUCCGCUCGCUAUCGGACUCUCGAUCACGGCCGGCCAUUUGGCUGCGAUCAAGUACACCGGCGCCAGCAUGAACCCGGCCCGCUCGUUCGGACCGGCCGUUGUGAUGGGUAAUUACACCGAUCUGUGGGUAUAUUGGGUUGGUCCGAUUGUCGGUGGCAUUGUUGCCGGUGCCGUCUAUCGUCUGUUCUUCAAAGUAAGAAAAGAUGAACACUAACAAAGUAGGCCAAGUGACUAACGACGUUCAGUACAUUUAGCCCGGAGCGUAAUCCGCUAGCCCAUCGCGAUAGCUCCUACUACGACUAACCCCGACGCCCUGCGUCCUGUGUGCGUGUUCACCGACACAAAUACACACACACGUACAUACGGAAAGGAUCUUGAGAUGGGGCAUACAUCAUCAUCUUCAUCAUCACAUUAAAAGCAACACUCACAGAAAAACAAACAGGCCUGGGAAAACUUCAACCGUUCAACCGUACACGCCCGUGCCACAGCGCAUCUAAAGAGGACAUACAGGGGACUGCUGCUACUAAAACACUCCACACACACACUACUCCACAUCAUGCCAGCGCGUGUGCUAACCUGUCAAGAGCUAGUGGCUUCUCGUGAAGGAAAAACGCUCCGUGGGAAACAAAUCGUUUCGAGACGAUCUAAAUUCAUCCUAACUCGUGUUUAGAUUCUUCAUCAUUGUGCUAACCUGCAUGGAUGCCUUAGUAUCUUAGUAACUGCAAUUAAUACCACCAUCGACAGAGAACAUUCAUCUAAUUUCACUGAUAUUAGUACUAACAGUUAGAAAGAAAGGGUUAAUAGUAGAUUGUAGUGUUUGCUAGUAAUCUAAUACUAACACACUCACACAUCACUAAUAGGUUUGUGUUGCGCCUACGGAAAUAGCAUCAGAACAACCCCAAGGAAAGGGUUACUUAUGUACUUAAAGACACUAAUAUUUUUCAACAGUUUUGUUUUUCACUUUCGUUCUCGCCAUGUGCGAGCCAGCCCACACAUAAAACACCAGAUUAUUCACCAGUUGCUUCAUAUUUUGUCACAGUUGCACAGAAAGACACACACACUCACACAGAGUACGUGUAGGCGGUGAAGAUUUAGCGGUUCGGCGUUUAGAGCCACCUGUUUGGUCAGGGUUAUGAUUCCUUCUCUACACUUUUCUCCCGCCUCUUUGUUGUUUCUACUUUAUUGUUGUUGUUUUCCUUUCAAUGCCUGUUGGUUUGAACCUUGCAGUAGACGGUAAAAUACGCACACACACCUACACCAGGCACACGAAUGCGUUUUCUCUGUAAGAUUCUUAUCGCAUAUUAUGUAUUAUUUAAACGAAACUUCACACAACUAUAAUUAGGAAAAAAAACUGGUUAGGGCAGACGCGAUGGAUUGCGCAAACGGGCGGGAGGACUGCUGCUGCUUUGCAUCGUCUAGGUCCCCCCGCCGCCGAGAGGACAUGAUAGCAUGAUGGUUUACUUUUCGUUUUGUUUUCCGAUUGCGAUGCACGCAAAUGCAUCCGCAGUUGGCAGUAAAUUCAAACACCAAACAAGGGACAGCUGCUGCUUGUGCGGUGGCACAGAAACAGAAAAUAUGACACACACAUACACACAGAAAUUCGAACAAAAACGCGCACAGCACACGAUUCGCGUAAAAGCGAUGAAACUAAUGCGAAUGCACCGUAUCAUGUCCGCGGACAUCCAUCUAUCGAUUAGGGACCGAUCCGAUUUACUACUCCGUAAGUUCUAUUUAUGUAUCAUAUACAUCGGAAUUUACCAAAACAUUAUUGUUGCGCCAGCGCGAAGACGAAUAAGAGAUCUUUAAACAAAUAAAGUGUAAUGUUAUACAGUUA